CGCGGCCACUGAAACUUCACAAGACUUUAGGGUUCUCCAUCUUAUACAUAACCUUCCUUAAUCCCUAGAUCAUUUACCAGUUGCAUCCACCAAUUUAUAGUAGGAAGAUUUCAAAAUUUACAGCUUCUGUUUGAAAAGAGAGGGAAAACACCCGCUAUUUCGUAUUGUUUGAUGGAUCGUCCACGACCGAGACAGAGGCAGAGAGCAGUCUUGUCUGGAUUUACCAAAGCUGAGAUCAAGAAGUUGGAGAAAUUGUUAACGGAACCAAGAGAUGUACUGCAGACUAAGGAGUUUUGUCGAAAAAUUGCUAGAAAUUUCAGUUCAUCCGCUUAUCGUACUGGCAAACCUAGUAUUAAAUGGAUCGAGGUACGAAGUUGGUUCUUAGCUAGACAGAAAGAAAGCACGUCUAAGGUUCGUUCCUUGGCCGGUACAUCCAAAACCGAGUACAGGAUUGCCGAAACUUGCUCUCUGGACAAUGGACCUCAAAUUUCUCAGUUUCUCAAAGUGGGAGAAAAGAUCCGUGAUAUCUCGGAACUACAGUUCGAGGCGAAGUCAUCUAAAGAUGGAGCGUGGUAUGAUGUUGAUACGUUUCUCACACAACGACAUCUCGGUUCUGGUGAAGCUGAAGUUCUUGCUAGAUUUAUUGGAUUUGGGGCUGAUGAGGAUGAAUGGGUUAAUGUAAAAAACGCAGUACGACUGCGAUCCAUCCCGUUUGAACAUUCCGAAUGCAAUAAGUUGGCGGUCGGAGAUCUUGUAUUAUGCUUGCAGGAGAAAAGGGAUCAAUUAAUCUACCAUGAUGUUCAUGUCAUAGAGAUCGAAAGGAAAACACAUGACAUAAGGGGUUGCAGAUGUAUCUUUUUGAUCAGAUACGAUCAUGACGGGUUCGAGGAGAGAGUUCGAUUGAGGAGACUGUUUAAAAUUCAAGGCCAACAAAUCAGAUUGCUUGCAUGAUGCUUUUGAAUCUGAGCUUAUCUUCCGAUCACAGUCGCAUUAUUCUCCGAGUGAGUUCAUUCAUUGCAGUUUUCUGAACAAGAGAAUUACAAAUUUGUCAAUAUCUAUAGCUGAUAUGCAUCGUAGAACGACCUAUCUAUCGAUCUAUAUGUAUGCAUAUAUACUAAUUUCGAGUCUUGAGGGAUAUUUCUGAUGUUUGUCGGGCUUCGUUUAAG